CCCUCCUCUCCACUCAGGGUGUCCAGGUGGAGCACAGCGCCGAGCUCCGGGGGAUCCGCUUUGCCAGCUCGCUGCAGCGCGACACCUCCGACUAUCACCGAGCGCUCACCGCAGCGCUGGAGACGCUGUUUCUAAGUAGUUUCCAGGAGACGGAGUUAGAAUCAAGCUGCGUGGGCUGCACAGUCCUCAGUUACAGGGAAGGGAACUCCAGUGUCCUGGUGCGUUUCCGGCUGCACUUUUUGCUUCGAGCCCUCCAGUCACUGAGUCUGGACCUUGAGGAGGAAUUGUUGCAGCAGGGUAUCCGGGAGAAGCUGCGAGAAAGCGGCAUCUCGCUGGCUGCCUAUGGCACCAUUGUGUCGGCUGAGCUCACAGGAAGCCGGAAGGGACCAGGGGCCGACAGAGACCUAAAAUCAGGCCACUGUCCUGAGAACUCCUUCUCCUGCCGCAGCAGCCAGUGCGUGAACAAAGUGAACCCCGAGUGUGAUGGCCAGGCUGACUGCUCUGACGGCUCGGAUGAGGAGCUCUGUGAGUGCGGGCUGCGGCCGGCCUGGAGGGCGGCGGGCCGGAUCGUGGGUGGCGCGGAAGCGGCCCCGGGCGAGUUCCCCUGGCAGGUCAGCCUGCGCGAGAACAGCGAGCACUUCUGCGGGGCCACCAUCGUGGGCGCCCGGUGGCUGGUAUCUGCCGCCCACUGCUUCAACGAGUUCCAGGACCCCGCCGAAUGGGAGGCGCACGCGGGCUCCACGGCGCUGAGCAGCGCGGAGGCCGGCUCGGUGCGCAUGCGCGUAGCGCGCAUCGCCAGGCACCCGCUGUACAACGCGGACACGGCGGACUUCGACGCGGCAGUGCUGGAGCUGGCGCGGCCCCUGCCCCUCGGCCGCCACAUCCAGCCCGCCUGCCUCCCGGCCGCCUCGCACGCCUUCCCGCCGGGCAGCAAGUGCCUCAUCUCGGGCUGGGGCUACCUCAAGGAGGACGUCCUUGUCAAGCCAGAGGUGCUACAGAAAGCCACCGUGGAGCUGUUGGACCAGGCCCUGUGUGCCAGCCUAUACGGCCCCUCGCUCACUGACAGGAUGCUGUGUGCCGGCUACCUGGAUGGGAAGGUGGACUCCUGCCAGGGCGACUCGGGAGGGCCACUGGUCUGCGAGGAGCCCUCGGGCAGGUUCUUCCUGGCCGGCAUCGUGAGCUGGGGCAUCGGCUGCGCAGAAGCCCGACGUCCGGGGGUCUAUGCCCGGGUCACCAGGCUGCGGGAGUGGAUCCUGGAGGUCACCGGCAUGGGCAGCUCACUCCUGGCCCCCACCGUGGCUCCUGGCCCUGCCACCGCCAGCACCACCAAGCUCACCAGCCCCAGUACCCCCGCCAAAGCCACGCCUGCCCCCAGCGCUGUGCCCCUCGACACUGUCAGCACAGCUAAGCCACAAGACUGCGGGGCCAGGCCAGCCAUGGAGAAACCGCUCCGCAUCGUGGGCGGGACCGGGGCCGUGUCUGGGGAGGUGCCGUGGCAGGCCAGCCUGAAGGAUGGGACCCGGCACUUCUGCGGAGCCACCGUGGUGGGCGACCGCUGGCUGCUGUCUGCCGCCCACUGCUUCAACCACACACGGGCGGAGCAGGUGCAGGCCCACCUGGGCACGGCGUCUCUUCUGGGGGUCGGGGGGCGACUCGGGGGGCCCCCUGGCCUGUGAGGAGACCCCGGGUGUGUUCUACCUGGCGGGAAUUGUGAGCUGGGGCAUCGGCUGUGCCCAGGCCAAGAAGCCCGGUGUGUACACGCGCAUCACCAGGCUGAAGGGCUGGGUCCUGGACGUGAUGUCCUCGGGGACCCUGUCCCCGUCGCCUCCAUCCACCAGGAGGACGCCAGCCACCACCGGCCACCCCCCCAGGUCAACCACCAGCCUCACGGCCCUGGGGGUCACCACCAGCAGGCCCUCCACACCCAGGGCCACCAGCCGGGGAACUGUCCCCCCUGCCAGCACCGUGUCUGCUGCGGACGCCACCACUAGGGGACAGAUGCCACUUCCGGGUGCCCCAGAGACCACCACGCCCUCCCAGCUGCCAGACUGUGGCCUGGCGCCCGCAGCGGCGCUUGCUAGGAUCGUGGGCGGCAGCGCUGCGGGCCGCGGCGAGUGGCCGUGGCAGGUGAGCCUGUGGCUGCGGCGCCGGGAGCACCGCUGCGGGGCUGUGCUGGUGGCUGAGAGGUGGCUGCUGUCCGCCGCGCACUGCUUUGAUGUCUACGGGGACCCGCAGCAGUGGGCCGCGUUCCUGGGCACGCCGUUCCUGAGCGGCGCCGAGGGCCAGCUGGAGCGCGUGGCGCGCAUCUACAAGCACCCGUUCUACAACCUCUACACCCUCGACUACGACGUGGCGCUGCUGGAGCUGGCCGGGCCCGUGCGCCGCAGCCGCCUGGUGCGCCCCAUCUGCCUGCCCGGCCCCGCUCCAUGGCGCGGCAGCUGCAAAAGGCGGCCGUGCGCCUCCUCAGCGAGCAGACGUGCCGCCGCUUCUACCCGGUGCAGAUCAGCAGCCGCAUGCUGUGCGCUGGCUUCCCGCAGGGCGGCGUCGACAGCUGCUCGGGCGACGCUGGCGGACCCCUGGCCUGUAGGGAGCCUUCUGGCCGCUGGGUGUUAACUGGGGUCACCAGCUGGGGAUACGGCUGCGGCCGGCCCCACUUCCCAGGUGUCUACACUCGGGUGGCAGCUGUGAGAGGCUGGAUAAGCCAGCACAUCCAGGAGUGACAGCCCACACGCCAUGCGCCAGGGCAGUCCACGCUGCAGGCAGGCUGUGCGGGUGGGUGGGAGUGAGAUGCAGUUUGCAUAUUUUCUUACAAUAAACAGGCCUUUGCCCUUA